UGAAAACCCGAUAAAAUGGCGUCCGACGAGAACGCAGCUCUUCUAAACACGGACUCAGAACAGGAUGCACAGCAGCAGUGUGGACUCGUUGCUGAAGGUGUCAAAAGAAGCGAGUGUAAAUUAACACUUUAUCACUGGACGCAGUCUUUUAACUCUCAGAAGGUUCGUCUGGCCAUAGCGGAAAAGGGUUUGCGCUGUGAAGAGUAUGACGUGAGCCUCCCGCUCAGUGAACACAUUGAACCUUGGUUCAUGCAUCUCAAUCCAACGGGUGAGGUUCCGGUUCUGGUCCACAAUGAAAACAUCAUCUGUGAUCCGAUACAGAUCAUGGACUACCUGGAACACAAGUUCAACACUGAAGGCACUCCCAAGCUGAUCCCAGAAGAGGGCAGUACAUAUUACCACAGAGUUCAGCACUACAGAGAGCUACUGGACUCACUGCAGAUGGAUGCCUACACUCACGGCUGCAUCCUCCACCCCGAAAUUACUGUGGACUCCCACAUACCAGCGUAUGCUGCCGCCUGCAUUCGAACACAGAUCGGAAACACAGAGUCAGAGCUGAAGAAACUGGCAGAGCAGAACCCAGAGCUUAAAGACGCUUACAUGUCGAAACAGAGACGCUUGAAGUCCAAGUUGUUUGACCAUGACAACAUGAAGUACCUUAAGAAGCUUCUGGAUGAGCUGGAGAAUGUGAUGGACCAGGUGGAGACAGAACUGCAGAGAAGAGUGGAAGAGACACCAGAAGAAGGAAACCCGUCUUGGCUGUGUGGCGACUUCUUCAGUUUGGCAGAUGUGUCUCUGGCUGUCACCUUACAUCGCCUGAAGUUUCUCGGCCUCUCUUGCCGCUACUGGGGAAAUGGUACCCGUAUGAAUCUGGAGACAUACUACGAGCGUGUGGUGGAACGCCCAGCCUUCCGGAGGGUUCUGGGUCACGUCAACAACAUCUUAAUUUCAGCCAUCCUUCCGGUAGCGUUUCGCGUGGCCCGGAAGAAUGCACCAGUUAUUGUUGGCACAACUCUGUUGAUAGGGAUUCUGGGAGGAGCUACGUACCUCGCUUUCCUUUACAUGAAAAAGAAGAUGACUGUCUUCAGCUGAGGGAAACUACAGGUGUGAAGUUUAUUUUGAACUGGAGGUGAGAGGAGAGAGUCAGAAAUGGAUAAGAGAAAUUGAACACAAGAUCCAGCUGAAUUCAGU